AUGGAAAAGUUGAAAUGUUGUGUGCAAACAUAUGCAUGGGGUAAAAAAGGUAUGGCAAGUGAAGUAGCUCGAGUUUAUGCUAUUGGAAAUCCCGAUGCAAGCAUUGAUGAUAGAACUUCAUAUGCUGAGUUAUGGAUGGGUACACAUCCGGAUGGGCCAUGUCAAAUCCAACGAUCUCAAAAGAAACUUUCCCAAUAUAUUGCUGAAUAUGAAAGUGGUACCACUUAUCGAAAAGUUUCAACUGAAAAGCAUCUUCCGUUCAUUAUGAAAUUAAUGAGCAUACAGCAUAAUUUAUCCAUACAGGUGCAUCCUACAAAGGAGCAAGCAGCACGACUAAAUGAUCGUGAUCCAAUUCAUUAUCCUGAUAGGAAUCAUAAACCAGAGCUUGCUUAUGCUCUUACUCGUUUCGAAUUAUUAUGCGGUUUUCGACCUGCUGAACAAAUUUGUUCAAAUUUCGAAGCUUUCCCAGAAUUGAAACAUUUGAUGGGUGAGGAUACAUCACAGGCAUUUCAAAUACUUGCACGAACGAGAGGUAAUGACGAAUGUGAAACACUGAAAUCCGCUCUGGCUGUAUGUUUCAAAAAAUUUAUGAAACAUGCUAAUGAUACCGCCAAUGAACUGAAAACGUUACUCGACUCUCUCCUUACGAAGCUUGUUUGUGGAAUACGUGGAUCUCUUAGCGAAGAGACGGUAGCAGUAAUUCGGAAGAUGUCUCGAGAUUUCCCGGGUGAUAUUGGUUGUUUUAUACCGUUACUUCUGAAUCAUAUUAUUUUAUCACCUGGAGAAUGUUGCUAUUAUGGCGCUCAAGAACUUCAUGCUUACCUUUCCGGAGAAUGUAUAGAAUGUGUUAGCUGUUCAAACAACACAAUUCGAGCGGCAUGCACAUCAAAAUUUAUCGAUAUCGAUACCUUAUGUGAAGUCCUAAACUACCGGAUGACCGAUCCAUCGUAUUAUUUUGUAUCUCCAGCUGUUUUAAAAAAUUUUCCACAUAUCCGUGUUUAUGAUCCCGACUGCGAGGAUUUUACACUUCAUGAAGUUAAAGUGCCAUCGCCAUCAUCAUCAUCAGUAACAACAAAAGCGUCAUCAUUAUUCAUUCCAAGCUUAGAAUGCGGUAGUAUCAUGUUGGUGGUGGAGGGUGAAGGCAUCAUCGAAAGUUAUUCUGCAAAACGGAAAACACAAAAAUCUCUGACAGUGAGGCGUGGCGAUGUAGUCUACAUAGAAUCAUAUGCCCAACUGCGUUUUGUGGAAUGCACUCAAGAUAUCCUAGCAUAUCGAACAUUUAGCUACGAGAAAGGACCUGAUCACUUGUUUUGCAACACUGAUGAAACGGUGGUAUCAGAAACGAGUCGUGUCACAAUUCAGAUGAAGGGUCGCGUAAAGCCUUUGAUCAUGGAUGACGAUGCAGAAAUGUUUGAUAUAGAAAAUGAAAUGGAUGGAAUCUGCUAA